AGGGAAGCAGCCCUUUCCCACAGCAUGAGGACCUGCUCCAGGGGCACAGCUGCGCCCAUCCUGCUCCUGCUGCUGCUGGGCACGGCGCCUGCCCGCGCCCAGCCCUCCUGCGUCCACUUCCCCGACCUCCUGCCUGCCAAGCUCAGAGAGCUGAGGGUCAAGUUUGAGGAAAUUAAGGAUUAUUUUCAAUCAAAAGAUGACGACCUCAGCAUCCAACUGCUCAGCUCCGACCUGCUGGAGGAAUUCAAGGGGAGCCUCGGCUGCCAGUCGGUGUCAGAGAUGAUGGGGUUCUACAUGGAGGAGGUGCUGCCCAGCGCAAUGAAGACCAGCACGCACCACCAGCAGAGCGUGGGCGACCUGGGCAACCUCCUGCUGAGCCUCAGGACCAUGAUGAGGCGCUGUCACAGAUUCUUCACCUGCGAGGACAGGAGCAGGAGCAUGAAGCACAUCAAGGAGACCUUCACUAAGAUGAACAAGAACGGAAUCUACAAGGCCAUGGGAGAGUUUGACAUCUUCAUCAACUACAUCGAGAAAUAUUUGAUGAUGAAGAGAAGGAAUUGAGAGCACCUCUGGGUCUGCAUCUUCCACACCAAAUCCUGCUACUUGUUCAAAAAUCACUUUAGGCUGCAAGAGCUCAAAUGAAGUUAUCUCAGGGUUCAGGUUAAUAACUUCAAGCUUAAUAUUGUAUUUAAAAGUUAUUUUUUUAAUAAUUGAAUUUAUUAUUUAUUACUUCAAAUACCUCAGUGUUGAUGUUUACAAUGUGUUUUGAAGAAAGGAGUGAUGAGCUUGUAAAUUACUAUUUAUUGUUCGAUAUUUUAAUACUGUUUAUCAUAGUGCUAUUUUAUUCAUAGCUUCAAAACAUCCAAAGCAGCAUUAUUCUGGAGGGCAGACAAUGAGCUGAGCUUAUCCUGAGUGCAAUUCCACUCCUGAUUAGAAGCAAUUCCAGCUCUCAGUUCAACAAAAUUUAAUUUUAAGCAAAUGAUCCUCUCCUCCUACCCUAUCUCUCUGUUUAUUUAUGCAAUCAGGUGCUUUUAUGUUUAGGAGGAGAACAAGCCACAGCAACAGCUUGGUUAACUCCACCUUAGACUUCAGCCUGUAGGUUAGUCCAGACUAAAUUUUAAAAAUUAGUAGUAGGAAUGAAAUGUUUGGUUCUAAUAGAACUUGACUUAAAUAUCGCUCAGCAUCUGCCUUCCAGAGCUGCUGGGUCGGCCACUCUGAACUUUCCAAAGUUAACCUUACUAUUUUCCAGUCUCUGAUUGGGUUUUGCUCACUGUUUUACUGUUGUUAAUCUCCUCGUAGAACUUAGAGGAUAUUUUAGUUAACCACCAUUUUAAGGUGGCUUGGGUAAUUUGCAUUCAAAUCCAUGCUCCCAGCACUGCCGAUAUUGGGAUUGGAUUUUUAAUCCCCACGAGCAGUGGGAGCAGCUCCAGUGCCCCAAAAGUGGCUGAUUUUAGGGCUCAGCUUCCUCCUCACCCCGGCGUGCUGCGCUGCCCCGGGAGGACACUGAGCCCGAGGAAAAGGCCACAACCCCAGAGAGGCUUUUACUUCUAACAUUUAGGAGUGAAAGGGCCCCCACCCGAUGAAACACUGCCAGUUUGGUGUUUGCCGUGCAAGUCCCGGCUGAGGAGAGGUUCUUUAUACCGCAUUUACUCUUUGUGGACAUUACGGAGGCGGCCCGCCCGCCCGGGAGCUCGGCAUCCCGGAGCAGGGCAGCAAC